UGGAUUGCCACAAUGGAUUACAUCAAAAUAAUUUUUGGAUUUUUUUUGUCUAUCGGAUUCGGGAGUUCGCAACCUGUGGAAGUCUCAAAAAUCCCAACGUUCGUUUGUGAGACUCGAAUGUCCGAUUUGACAGAAUGUCGCUUUCACGAGAUGAUUUUACGAGAGCCUGAAGUUCAUUUUCGGAUAAAAACGAAGGGGGCACGAGAUGAUGAGAUUAAAAAAAUCUCCUUUGACAAUAGUUCGAACAUUCAUACGUUCCCGAGAAACUUUUGUGGACGAUUUCCAAACUUAGAGGUCAUUUACGCAAAUCGCCUCUCAAUACAGGAACUCAAGGACAAUGCCCUCACUGGUUGUCGUCAACUUCAAUCAAUGUCAUUUUCAGUCAACAAUUUGAAACGAAUUAACGCUCGAGCUUUUGCUGGACUUUCUCACUUGCAGGAACUCUAUGUGGCUGACAACAAACUUGAAGUUCUCGAUCCCGAAGUUUUUCGAAUCUUAACCAACUUGAGAAUUCUCUCGCUCAACGGAAAUCAAUUGCGAACCUUUCCAACGACCGUUAUGCAAAAUCUGCGCAAUGUCGAGGAACUCAAAUUAUUCAAUAAUAAAUUAACAAAGUUGAAUGCCCAGGAAAUGAUCAAAUACAUGCCGAAACUGAAGAUUUUAUACAUAGCUGACAACGAGUUCUCGUGCAAAGAAGUAGUGGAUGAAAUGUUGCCAAUUUUCCGUGAAAAUGGCGUCACGCCGGGCGGACUGAGCGUUGGCACGGAAAAACGGGACGAUAGGUUGCAACGAAUCGAGUGGAUUCAUUGUUAUCCUUAAAAAAUUUGCGAAAAAUUUAAAAUAAAAUUUAAACAUUAUUGAGAAAGAUUUUUUUUCUCUUUAACAAGUUCUUGGUUUGGUUUGGGAACAAAAAAGGGAGUAAAAUUUAAAGCUAUCUUUAGAAUCAAACUUUUUUUUCCUUAAAUUGAAAUACCGCGCGCUUGUUCUUUGUGUUAUUAUUAUUUUUAUUAUUUUAUUUAUGCAACAACAAAAAAAUUGCAUUAAAAUUAACAAUAUUACAAUGCGAAUAAAGUAAAAACGUAAAGACUUUCAAUGGGAUUCGAACAACGUCAACAAUGUGAUAGCACACAGUCCAGAUAUUAAUAAAUAUAGCAGGAAUCUUUAGAUGAAUACGCGAGAUAAUAUGCAAUAUAUAUAAAAUACAAUUAUAAAUGUUGUUUUUGAAAAAAAAUAAGAAUAAUAAAAUUACAAGAUCAGCUGAGGAGAUAACUAUAAAAUAAUAAAACUA